GAUCGAGGCCGAGCUAACGAAAGUGGCACUGAAGGUUAUUCUGGAGAACCCCGGCCCCCCGCCUGCGUGCGAAGACCUAGGCUGGCACCAAGGCCAGAUAAAAAUAAUAGCGUGCGACGAUGAGAGAUCGGUUCAGCUGUACAAAGAGGCCAUCUCCGAAGUCGGAGAAGUGUACCCAAAUGCCAAGCUAGUGGUCGUGGACAGGAAGGAUAUUCCGUCCAGGCCGCGAGCAAGGGUUUGGUUACCUUCAACAGUCGAAGACCCGGCAGAGAUUAUGAAGCUCAUCCGGGUCUGCAAUCCGGAUAUCCCAACGCAGGAGUGGAGGUACGUCAAAACUAUUACCAACCAAAACAGCGCGGAUGAAUCGAAAGAGCAGAAGCGCGCCACCAUGCAGGCUCUCCUGCUCCUCACAGAGAACUCAAUUGAACCGUUAGCGAAAUGCGACGGGCAACUGAGAUACGCUUUUGUAAAGGUGAAGCUCCACAUUUAUAAAUCCGACACGGAUGCAAUUGAGUUCCUCGCCACGAAGGAAAGCGAAAAGCCCAUGAGGGAACUGGAACCCAUGAGCGAAACCGAGCCAAUGAGCGAAGACGACCAGCCCACCGAAGAGGAAUACGCCUCCUCAGGCUCAGAAAUGGGCUUAGGGAGGUUGUACUUCGAACGGGAGGAUAAACCUACACCACUGUAAAGAAGCCUGCCUUGCCCUCCUGGAUCGUCUGGCAGAAGAUCAGCCGGAUGUAGUCCUCAUCCAGGAACCCUGGGUACGGAAUGGCGAAAUCUGCGGUCUGAGGACAUCAGGUUAUAAAGUAUAUAAGACCAAUUGUGAAGGUACUAAAAGAGCAUGCAUAAUGGCAAAAGUACAUCUUAAUAUAUUUAUGAUUCAAAAUUUCAAUAACGCAGAUACUACGACGGUUAGCUGGGAAGUGAGCGGAAGCAACACCUGGCUAACCUCGUUCUAUUUUGCCGGAGACGUCACAGGUCCACUGCCGUCGCCGCUAAUAAGAAGCCUUGUGGAAGACUGCAAAGCUCACAACAGCAAACUAGUACUAGGAGGUGAUGCCAAUGCCCACCAUACCAUAUGGGGGAGCUCGGAUACAAACGAACGAGACUGCUGAACCGGCGUAGUUAAGGACGGGAAAUUCUGUGGAGCCUGAACUAUAUGGAACAUCUACGCGACCUUGAUUACCCGAACGAUAUGACUCUCUCGUUACGGCAUAGCGGACACAUGCAGACUUAAGCUUCCAAACUAAAAACAUAGAACUUCCAAUCAAUGUUACGAAACCCAAUAUCACAAAAAUUAACACUUUGAGCCAGAACACGUUCACAAUUUAUGGAGAACCCAUCGAUAACGUCAAUGGCCUCACUGUCUAGGAAGCCAAAUCACACAGGGCUAUAGAUCAAUAGAUGGUAUUGAUACUAGAACCAAAAAAGCCAAAGCAGUCUUUGCAAUCUUCGAAAAGAUUUGGUUUCCAAACAGCUAACGACGCGCACCAAACUCCGCAUUUUUAAAUCGAAUGUUAAAUACAUAUGUAUUGAUUACGAAAUGUAGCUGAUGCCUGUAUCUGCUACCUGAAAGUUGGAAACAUUUGUGAACCGACGUCUUAGAACCAUUCUUCGUAUCUGGUGGCCUGACGUUUGGUUCUCAAAUGAGCAACUCCAUGAUCGCAGCAGACAAAAACCAAUAGAUGUAGAAAUACGAGAACACAAAUGGAAGUGGAUGGGCAAACCAGCGAUCGACAUAAGUACAAGUAAGAUAGAAUGGCACUUGACUGGAACCCACAAGGAUCACGCCUCAAAAGAUCUUGGCGACGUAGCCUUAAUGACUAAAAAUUAAGACGAAAGCAAGAAGUAGACAACAUUGUCAAUACUUUAUUUCGGUACUAUGCGCCCAAGUCCGGCGCUCUAGCAACUAAAAAUGUAAUAAAUAAUACUCAAUGAUUUAACUUACCUAAGACACUCAAACAAUUGUAGCUGCCAAUUUUCUGGAAGCCGUUUACAUUCAAAUUCACCAAAAUUACAUUAAUUAAAAGUUCACUUACCUGUGUAUCAAUAUUUUAAAAAUUUAAAUCUCAAUUCUUCUUGUUAAAUAUAUACUUAAUUUAUUUUCUCCAACAGUCAGGAUAUAAGUAAAUACCCUUG